AUGUUUAGCUCUCAAUCCUAUUUGGACAAAAAGACUGGGCAAGAUGGAUUUGGACGACGCGCCUACUUGAAACAGCUGGUAACUGAAUAUCAAACGACCUCGAAUCUAACCUCCAAGAAGGAACUUCUGGCCAACCUUUCAAACUUCUCGUAUGAUCCUAUCAAUUUUGAUAAGCUGAAGGCAUUGCGUGUGCCUGUUCUCUUCGUUCACUGUCUGAGCGAAGAGGAUUGGGAUGUUGUGGAGCUAGCAGCAGCUGGACUGUGCAAUGUAUCUGCUGACAAAUCAUGUGCACAGCUGAUCGAUUCAGCUGGCGGUACUCCUGAGCUGAAGCGUCUCCUCAGUAGCUCCAGAGAGGCAGUUGUACUUGCUGCACUCACCACCCUGUAUUACAUGGCGUUUGAUGGCCAACUCCUGAAAUCAAUAGCCGAUCCUGAGGUCAUGGCGUGUGUGGAUGAAUUUGCAACGUGCAAGAACCCUCGCUUGAAGAAUGUUGCUGCUGUUUUUCUUGAUCACUUUCCGUUGCGAUCGAAGCCACAACCAGUGACCUGA